ACAAUUAAAUAUGCCAUUUGAAAACCAUCUAGACAAUUCAAUGGAUGUUUCUGAAUUUAACAUUGAGUUUUUUCUUGUUUGACAUACACAGGAUCUGGGGAGACCAAGACCUAAAGUUGAGAAGAUGUGUAAUUUUCUGUUGCACUGAACUUAGAUAUUGAUGUCUCAACUAUAAUGAUAUAUUAUCUCCAGCUAGUGUUCUUACAUCAACUUUCUAUGUUUUUCAAGCAUAUUGUUUCUCUUUCCAUAUCUGUCUUUUCCGAGGAUCACCCUUGUUAUUACAUUAGCGGCUCAUGCUUGGUGUUCAAACUUGUAGCUUCGGUGCAUGUGGUAUUUGGUCCUAGUGUUGCAUCAUCAACUUCCAUAAGAACAUAUGGCAAACCUAGAGAAGGGAAUGCUGAUAAAAGUAGUGACUCGGGCUUGAAAGAUUCUGCUCCGGAACAAAACCUCAUUUCUUGGCCUUCAACUGCUCGAACAGAUGGAACCAGUGAAAGUUUUGUAAAGACUGCCAGGGCAUCAUCUGACAAGAAGAAAAAGAAAAAACACAGAGAACCAUGGGAUUACCAUCAUAGUUACUACCCCACAACUCUUCCUUUGAGGAGGCCAUACUCUGGAGACCCAGAACUUCUUGAUGAAGCAGAAUUUGGGAAGGCUGCAGCAAAUUAUGAGUAUGAUGAGAGCACUGUACAUUCCGCAUCAGAGCUUGGGCUGCUGGAGGACAACGAGGAUACACAAAUGCUUUUUCUUCAGCUUCCUCCCAAUCUUCCCUCAGUCAAGCGAGCAGCUAGUGGACAUGGGAAAGAGAGAGCUGAAGGCUUGAAACUAUCAGGAAGUGAGCGUGUUUCACCCAGUGCAAAGGGGAAGGAGAUAGCUGAGAGCUCAGUGUCAUUGGGGGGAACAGUUGGUUCAGCUAGAGCAAAAGGGAAAGAGAUUGCUGGCAGCAUCAUAUCUUCUAGGGAUUCAGGUGCUUCAGCUUAUACAAAAGGGAAGGAGAUAGUUGGGAACUCCAUAUCUACAGGGAAUGAAUCAGCUUCAAGCAAGGGCUGCAGUUUGGAGGAGUUGCCCGGGGGCUACAUGGGCAAAAUGUUGGUUUACAAAAGCGGAGCAAUCAAAUUUAAGCUUGGAGAAACCCUCUAUGAUGUAUCACCUGGCUCUGACUGUAUGUUUGCUCAAGAUGUUGUGGCGAUAAACACCGUUGAUAAACAUUGUUGUUUGCUUGGAGAACUCGGGAAGCGAGCUGUUUUAACACCUGACAUCGAUUCCAUCUUGGACCCCAUGGUCUGAGGAUACAACUGGGUUGAAAGCAGCUUGACCUGAUCAUCUGGGAGAGCAGCUGCUGACAUAGUAGAACUUUUGGUAAUGUAAUUGUGUAGGGGUGACCUUAUCAUCUAGGAGAGAAGCUAACAUGGUCUAUAUCUAGUAGUAAUGUAAAUCUGAUUGGUGCACAUUUUUGUGUAAAUAUGUAGAUACAUGUCAAUGCCAACUUGCUAGCCCCACUUACUCUGAACAUAGGUUGGUAUUCACAUUCCUGUUCUACAAAUCUCAUGUAAAUACAAGUUGAUUUAAG